AUGGAUGCUUUGUUAGAUGAUCUUGAAUAUGUCAUAAAAUAUAUUCGUAAAGAGCUUCAUUUCAUUAUACCGUUAGUAAUUUAUGCACAUGGCACUGGAUGUAUUAGUUGUCUUGCUCAUAUUCUUCAAAGACCGAAGUCCCGACUUGACUGUCAAGCUAUGAUAUUGAGUACGCCUUCAAUAUGUCUUAAAGAGCGUCCCACAGCCUUCAAAUUUUUAGCAUCGCGGGUUGUUUCGAGUUUGGCUCCUAGUUUUCGUCUCUCUGUCAGUGGAAACUACACAAAUGAGUAUACUACUGAUAAAGAAACAGUUGAAGCAUAUCGAAACGAUCCACUUGUUCAUGAUGAAUGGCCUGCACAAACUGUCUGGCUAUUCCUGAAAUUAGGUAAGUUAUUAGAAACAACUGUGGUUCAAUUUACAGUACCAGUGAUGAUUCAACACGGUGCCGAUGACAAUAUUACACCAAUCGAAACAAUUCAAAAAUGGGUACAAGAGCGAUUGUCUGCUAUUAAUCGUAUUCAAUCAAUAGGAAGAUCACGUUUGAAGAUUGAUACAUUAGAUAUGUUAAUGACUGUGCGUAUGUUGUUAAAAGAAGAUAUAAGAAGCUCGAGAUGUCAACAAGUCGUUACUAAAGCUUUUAAAUCUUGGAACGACAGAGAUCAAAAUCGUCGCCUUCAUCAGAUACAACUAUUGCGUGAUGUACCAGAUGAUUAUACACCAACUAAACAAGUUCGAUCAGUUUCUAAGCGAAAUCGAGAUUGUCUUCAAUCAGAAUCAAUUGAGAACAAGAAGAAAAAAAAAUCUAAAUAUAUAAAAUGUAAGUUAAAGUAUUCUCUACACUUAGUUACCUUUUUUAUUGCUUUUGUAGGUGCUAAUGGUUGUAAACGAGAAGUUUCUGGAACUGAUCCACGUCAAAAUGAAGCGAUUCAAUGUUGCCAUCAGAACGAACAAUUCCAAUGGAUUGAUUUUGACGAAAAUUGCUCAAGAUGGUUGUGCAAUUACUGCAGAAUCAAACUUAGUAUAAAAGUUGAUUCAAUAUGGUUUUGUGAUGAUCAUAUCGAUAUACAUUGUGAAGAAAAUGAAAAUGAUGAUGAAAAUUUUGAUUGA